UACGCCAUGCCCGAACGCGCUGUAGCGGAGAUCGCAGUCCCUUCAAAGGACCCAAAAGACAAGAAGAAGGAAGAGGAGGAGAAGGCCAAGAAAGAGGGCAAGGACGGCGCGUCCAAGACAGUGAACGGGGACAAGACGCAGGAUGAGGAGGAGGAACUGUCUGAGGAGGAUCAGCAGCUCAAGGCAGAGCUUGACAUGCUCGUAGAAAGGCUCAAUGAAUCAAACACGGAACUGCAUCGUCCCGCACUCGAGAGUCUUCGAAGUCUCAUAAGAACGUCAACGUCGUCUAUGACAUCGGUCCCGAAACCUCUCAAGUUCCUCCACCCCCACUACCCCAGCCUACAGCUACUGUAUGAACAAUGGCCUCCAUCAGAAGACAAGUCUCUCUUCGCAGACAUCCUCUCCGUUCUCGCAAUGACGUACUCGGACACACAACCUCGGGGAUCUCUCCGAUAUCGCCUGCUCUCCACGUCCCUCCUCCCCGCAUCCUCCAAAGCCUCCGACCCUGGUUCCUGGGGCCAUGAAUAUGUUCGCCAUCUUGCUGCUGAGCUCGGUGAAGAAUACACCAUACGGUCAGAGGGUGAAGAUGCCGUACCUCCACCCGAAGCUGCGGAGAAGCCCGUGCAUAUUAAGGUCCCCGGCACUUUCGAAGACCUCAAGUUGCUCGCACUAGAAUGCGCGAGGUACUUUAUGCAUCACAACGCGGAGCCAGAUGCUGUCGACCUACUUGUCGAGCUGGAAAUGAUCAAUGACAUUGUUGAUCUAGUAGACGAGAACACGUAUGGUCGCGUGUGCAUUUACAUGAUUCGGUGUGUAAGCCUACUCCCACCACCAGACGAUCUUUCUUUCCUCCGCUCCGUACACGCCAUCUACCUGCGAUUCUCUAAAUUCCCCGAGGCACUCAGUCUCGCGAUCCGUCUGAAUGACGCGGACCUCAUCAGACAGGACUUUAACGCAUCCGGAAACCCUACGAUGAAGCGCCAGCUCGCUUUCCUUCUUGCUCGGGCGCAGAUACCUAUCGAGUGGCUCGUCCCACCAAAUGAAGACGGCGAUGGCGAAGAGGAAAUGCCGACCGAUCUCGUUGACUGUCUAAGCAACACCCACUUGAGCGAGCUGUUCAGGGAAUUUGGCAAAGAGCUUGAUGUCACGGACGCCCGUAGCCUGGAGGACGUUUACAAGAGUCACCUUGAGAAUACCCGUGCUGGAACGUCAGCCAACGUUGACUCCGCCAGGGCCAACCUCGCUGGUACCUUUGUUAACGCUUUCGUUAAUGCUGGAUUCGGAAAUGACAAGUUGAUGGUGGAGGCGGAGGAGGGUAACAGCUGGGUGUACAAGAACAAGGACCACGGUAUGCUGAGUGCUGCCGCAAGUUUGGGCGUCAGCUUGCUUUGGGACACCGAUGUCGGUCUCAGUCACGUCGACAAGUACACCUACUCAGCAGAAGAGUACAUCAAGGCCGGCGCCCUCUUUGCUACCGGUAUCCUUAACACUGGCGUUCGCACAGAAGCGGACGCUGCCCUCGCCCUACUCGGAGAAUACGUCGAAAAUAAGUCCGUUCCGCUCCGCACAAGCGCGAUCAUGGGCCUUGGUUUGGCGUAUGCAGGUUCACACCGGGAGGACCUUCUCCAGCUCCUUCUCCCUACCAUCGCUGAUGAUGGCGUGUCAAUGGAGAUUGCAUCGCUAAGUGCGCUGGCGCUGGGCUUCAUCUUCGUUGGAAGCGGAAACGGCGAGGUCACUAGCACGAUCCUUCAGACGCUAAUGGAGCGUGAUGACAAGAGCCUCGACGAGAAAUGGUCGCGAUACCUUGUGCUUGGGCUGGCUUUCUUGUUCGUUGGCCUUCAAGACGCCUCAGACGCAACCCUCGAGACGCUCAAAAUUAUCGAGCACCCUGUAUCAAAGCAGGCGCAGAUUCUCGUUGAGGUCUGUGCAUUCGCAGGUACAGGCAAUGUUCUUCGGGUGCAGUCGUUACUCCACUUCUGUGGUGAGCACCUUGAGACUGUCAAGGAGCGGGAAGAGGCCGAGAAGGACGCGAAGGAGAAAGAGGAGGAGAAGGAGAAUAGCAGCGACAAGAAAGAAGAAAAGGAGGAAAAGAAGCAAGAUGACCUUGGGCCUGCGUUCGCAGUCCUCGGUCUCGCUCUACUUGCGAUGGGCGAGGAAAUUGGCUCCGAAAUGUCGAUGCGACAAUUCAAUCACCUGAUGCACUACGGUGACCCUAUUAUACGCAAAUCCGUCCCCCUUGCCCUUGGUCUGCUCAGCAUAUCAAAUCCUCAACUUUCCGUCCUCGACACCCUUUCGAGAUACAGCCACGACAAUGAUCUCGCUGUCGCUCUCAACGCUAUCUUCGCGAUGGGUCUGGUCGGCGCUGGCACUAACAACGCACGACUUGCACAGAUGUUGCGCCAGCUUGCAGGGUACUACUACAAGGAACCAGACUGUCUGUUCACCGUUCGCAUUGCCCAGGGUCUCGUCCACAUGGGCAAGGGCACGAUCGGACUUAACCCCUUCUUUUCGGACCGGAAUAUCCUGAGUCGACCAGCAAUCGCUGGUUUAUUAGCCACAAUCAUGGCAUUCACGGACGCGAAAGCAUUUAUCCUGGACAAGUACCACUGGAUGCUGUACUUCCUCACGACGGCAAUGUACCCUCGCUUCCUCAUCACCCUCGACGAGGAGCUCAAGCCAAAGCCCGUAUCCGUGCGCGUCGGUCAGGCAGUGGAUGUGGUUGGCCAGGCCGGCAAGCCCCGUACGAUCUCGGGUUUCCAGACGCACACGACCCCCGUGCGGCUGGGCACGACGGAGCGCGCAGAACUUGCGACGGAGGAGUUUAUUCCCUUCUCGCACGCCCUCGAGGGUUUCGUCAUUCUGCAGAAGAACCCAGGUUGGGAGCAGGAGGAUACGAUGCAGGUAUAGAUGGCGAGGAUUGGGGCUGCGUGGCCCGCAUAAACCAGGGAAAUGUACGCUAUGUAGCUAGAGCUCCUCUCAUUAAUUCAGCAGCAGGCUUUCUCGUUAGUAUGCAUGCUGUUCCCGUAGACGUGUUCCAGGUUUGCUCGAGCGGUUUCUGCCUAACGCGUAGAUAGUAUCAUCGUAGUCUUCAGAAC